AUGAAAAUAUCUGCAUUACUAACCAUCUGCAUUCUAAGCAUAGUAUUCUUCGGUAGCCUAACUGCUUCUAGUAGCGGAAAAGACUCUACAUCCGUAGCAAACCCAUCUAAGGGUGGCAAGGGUGGAAAAUCAUCCAAGAAGGAUGAUGAAGAGGAUGAGAGCGACAAUGGCAGUGCCGAUGAUGAAUCAUCCAACAGUGGAGCCGCCAGCAAAGUAGUCAAAAAAUCAAAGGCCACCGCAAACAGCAGCAGUUCAAGCAUUUCUUUAGGAUUUGCAUUUGUAGCUAUUCUUGCAGCUGUUUCUAUGCUAUAAACAAAUAAAGAGUAGAAA